CAACCCUAAUCUAAACUGUACUGUGUAUAUAUAGUAGCCCAGACAAUUUUUGCCAGGACAAAUUAUUCCAUGACAGUCACUCAUACCACACCUUCAAUUCACACUUGGUCACACCUCCAUGACUAUGGCUGUUUUUCUGUUUGUUGUAAUUGUGAUUUUCCAAAAUUACUUGUCUAGUGCAAGUAUCUUUACUAUUGUACCAGAGACACAAUAUGUAUAUGUCAAUGAUACUGUGACAUUUGAAUGUGCUACUAAUGUGACUCAAUUUGGUCUCUUUUUUGUGACUUAUCCAUCAGUUAUGGGUUCAGUAUCAAAUUCUGCUGGAAUGGCAUCACUCAACCUAACUGCUACAAGUGAAGUAAAUGGUACAAGUGUUACCUGCUAUGCAAGCAAUGGAACUGCCACUGAACCAGCAUAUUUAUAUGUACAAAGUCCUCCUGAUAUUGUCAUUAAUAUAACAGGAUAUCAGUUAGAUUCUUGUUGUAUGUUUAUCAGUUGGUAUCCUCCAUUCACACUACCAGGACUAACAGUACAGUAUAUAAUCAGUGUAGGAACUGAUCAACAAUACCUUAACGACUCUAUCACUAACUACACUUACUGUCCAAUGAACCCAACCAAUAAGCAAUAUCUGUUUAACAUUACAACUACUAAUAAAGCUGGGAAUGGAUCUACUAGUAACAUAACUGUUGGAUUUCAAUCAAGCUCAAAUUUCCAGAGUAUUUAUCAAGAACAUUUGACAUACCAUAUAAACAAUAGUUGGAAUUUACAUUACCUUCUAUCAGCUCAUCAGUUGUGUACUGGAGUGUCACUUACUAAUAUUACAAUAACUGGUUGUACUGUUGGUAGUUCCAGUACUUGUUAUUCAUCAACAAAUGUAUCCACUAGUAGAUCUAGUUCUGAUAAUAACAUUUCACUUGUUGUUAUUAUAAAUCUUCCAUCAAAAGAGAUACUGACUACUAAUGUUAUCUUGUACUAUCAAAAUGGAGCUAUAUUUCAAAGCAACACUAUAAUGAUUAGUACUCAUGAUCUUCAACACAUAGCAGUGGUUAAUAUUACAUUUAACAAAGUUUGUCUUCAGUUUGAGUUUGUCAAUGGCAGUACAACUGAUAAUAUUUAUAUUCACAUCACUAAUUAUGAAGAGCCAGUUCAUCAACCAGUGUAUUACAAUAUAUCUCCUAAUGAUCAGUUGAACUUUAUUCAGUGUAUUACUAACAUACCAGCUGGUAAUAACUUAACACUGUAUGCAUGUGAAUCAAUGGAUGGCUGUACUACUAAUCCUGCUGCUGUAUUAACUGGUAUUAAUAUUGAUAAAGCUCCUAUAGUCUCCAGUACUAUGCUGACAAGCUACUUAAAUUCACAUGAAGACCUAUUAGGAUCUACUUCUAAUCCCAUCUGCUAUAGUUCAGUAUUGUUAAUGUAUACUUCAACAACUACAGUUUCAUCUACAGUUAUAUCUACCAUGACAAUAGAGGAUUGUAAUAUAAGGGAAAGUCAAGGUUUAUCAGUAAUGAGAGCUUAUCAGUAA